AUGACGGAACGUCCAGCUAAACGUCGCCGUGUUGAACUCUCGCUCGAUGAUAAACUCAAAAUAAUUAAAAGUUUCGAAAGUGUACCUAAACCAACGUUUAGAUCUUUGAGUGAAAAGUUUAGUAUUGGCAAAUCAACAGUUGGAGAUAUCAUCAAAAAACGAGAGGUUUAUAAGGCAGAGUUUGAAAAGAAUAUUAGCGGGAAUAAACGGCGGUUUAAUAACGCAUGUAAAUUUGAUAAGCUCAAUGAACUGGUAUGGCAGUGGUUCUGUCAAGCUCGCGCUAAAAACAUCUCGAUUUCUGGUCCCAUCAUCCAAGAGAAGGCCAGUGAAUUUGCCAAGGAACUUGCAGUUGCAGAUUUCAAGGGCUCGAAUGUCAUGCCACCAAAGACAUCAGCUGAAAGAAUAGCUGCAUACCGAGCAAGAAUUCGUAGCAAUCCCAACAAGAAACUUGAUUAUCUCAACAAGGAACGAAUAAGAGAUAAAAGGCGAAGACUGUAA